ACAACAACACUGACCGAGUGAAAUAUUUUUUUGACGAUUAUACGAUAUGGAUGCGUAAAAAAUGAUAAAAUCGUGCACAGAACACUAAGUUUAUGAUAUAUGCAUGCAUUGGUUCAAGAAUUGGAUUAACAUUAUUUUUCACCGGCCACUCGUUUCAUAUGACUUUAACAAUGAUAAAUUAUUAUUGACAUGUUUUUUUCAGUUUCCUGUGUCAGACCUAUUAAUGAAAAUUGAAUGCAAGAAGCAGAUUCAAAGCUAUGUGAAAGAUGUUUCAGAUGAUGCCUGUGGACAUAUACGAUCUGAAUACUUCAUUUCAAAUACAAAAGAUGAUGAUGGUGUAUUCCAGAAAAUAAAACAGGACAUCUUAAACUUAGCCAGAGGAAUGAAAUCGUGGAAUAAAGAAUAUCCAUUGAAAUUUAUUCAACUGGAAAAAUGUCUUCAAGAGAGGAAGAAAGGGUUAUCAAUUCCAAGUAUAACCUUAAAAGAACUUGAGCAAAUCUCUCUUGAAACACUUAUGCCAAUGAAUGCUGAAGAACUAAUGUUGUUUUUGAAAUUUCACCACGAAAUCAGAGCUUUAGUUUAUUUUGAGGAUCUUCCCGAAUUCAUCAUCCUAGAUACACAAUGGUUGUCUGAUGCAUUUAAAUGUAUAGUUACCGCAGAGAAAUUUCAAUCAGAUGUAAGCAGACAUAGAAUUAAGGAAAAAUUGAAAGAUUUAAAUAUUAGAGGAAUAUUACAUAGUGUGGUUUUAGAUGAUAUCUUUAGAGAUGAAAAAACAAUUUUGUAUAAAUAUGAUCAACAUAAAGAUGAUAUCCUGAAUAUUAUGGAAAAGUUUGAUAUUAUUAUACCUGCAACCAGAGAAGGUGCUGAUGAAAAACCUUGCUACUAUGUACCUUGCAUGGUCAAAUCAAAACCAGAAUAUGACAUAUAUGAGAUGUUUAAUGUAACCAACAAAACCUGUCAGAAAUCCUCCUGGUUAUGUUUCAAGUUCAGGUUUCUACCACCACAUCUAAUUAAUCAUUUGAUUGCCUCACUCAGCAGGAAGUUUAAAGUUGCAGAGGUGGAUGCAACUGAACAGGACAAAAGUCAAAUUGCUUUUUUCAGAGGUACUAUUGUCUUUGAAUUACAGAAAGCAACAAAGUUAAGAAAACUAAUUUUAAUGACAUGUCCGAAUUUUAUUCAGAUUCAGGUUUUGGAAUUUAAAAAAGAAAUUAAAAGAGGUAUGUACAAAUACAUUGCUGCCUUUUUGACAGAGGAAAUAAUCAAGAUAAUAGAUACAAGAUUCAAGAUGUCAAAUGUAAAAUUUGAGAAAAAGUGGAAAUGUGGCCUUAACAAACCAUAGUCUGUUACAGGAUUACAUGAUUUUAGUGAAAAACAGAUUAUAGAAUAUCAUUGUGAGAAAUGUAAAUCAAUCCACAAGUUCAUUGGUGAAUGGUCAGAUCUACAAAAUGAAUCACUAUGUAUCUCCAAGGAAGAGUUUAAUUUCACAAAAAUGGGAAUGAUUGUGCUAAAUAUUCUUGCUGAUGUUUUAUAUGAUUAACUCAAACAAGAUAAACCCAACCUGCCUCUUAGGAGUGAUUGUGAUAUAACAUACUUGUACAGUGAACACAGGAAACUUAAUAAACAUAUUCCAAGUAAUUCAAGCAACCGACGAUGUCCCCCUGGACCAUGGGGAGGGACUUGGCUAGAUAUUCAGAAUACGGACAUAGCUAUUGGAGAUGAUAUUGAGCGCAUAAGACUUACAAGAAAUGAACUACAACACUCUAGGACAUUUAAUCUUCAUGAUACUCGUUAUAUUGAAUUAUGCAAUAUCAUUGGUCAUCUUUUAAAACGGUUUGAUCAAAAUAUCAAACCAGUGAGUCUGUAUACAAAUCGACUGAAUGAAACAUUAGCUAAGACUUGCUCUGAGGAGGAAGUGAUAUCAAUUGAAAAUGAAAUAUAAGAUCUUGUAAAUAUGCCAUGUAUAUAGUAAAUUUCGAAGCUAUGUUAACAGUCUGUCCAAAGUGAGGGAGUGUUUUGACAUAUUUUAAUGAACUUUGACAGAUUUGCACUUUAUAAAUAUUGACGAUUUUUUUCAAAUUUGUUAGUCUACUUUUUGUAAAAAUCAGAUUGGUUUCCAAAUUUUCAGUAUGUAAAGUGACAGUUACUAGUUUUAUUGAUAGACUAUUUUUCUGAGGUUGAACAGUGAAAGUAGAUAUCAGCUCAAAUAAAUCCAACUUAUCUCAUAGCAUUUAGUCUCAACCUGCAAGCACAUACCUUAUAGACUGUCCGCAAAAAAAGUUAUGUGUCAACGUCUCAACAUUAAAUAUCUCAAAAACAUAAGAUAGUUUUAUAGGAAGAUGAAUAUGUGGCUAUCUAAUGUAUGUAACGUUGACAAAAAAAUGAAGAAAAAAUCAGAAAUAAUUGACUUAAUUUUUUAAGUGUUCCACAGUUUUUAUUGUUUUAUUCAGCAUGUUCAGUGUGAAGAAUGAAAUAACGCAUAAUUUGACAGUUAUAAUUUUUAAGGCAAUUAUUCAAUGAUGGUUUACUUUGCAUUUUAAAAACUACACAGGUGUUAUGUGCUUGCAUACAUGGAUUUUUGUUUUACAUUUUUCCUCUAGCUGUCUAUUGUUAAAGACCGCAU